AUGCCGAGCGAGUAUGAGGACAAGUACCUGCUGCUGCGCGAUGAGAACACGGCGCUCAAGAAGAAGAAGAAUGAGCAGGAGGCCACCAUCAAGCGCAUGUACACGAAGCUGGCGAUGAUCGAAGAGAAGCUCAGCAGGAAGCGGCAAAGUGAAGGGAAGAACAACCAGGACGACCCAGAGACUGGAGGCAAUAAAGCUGCAGUUAUCCCUGUGAGGCGAGAUCUGGACACGGAGAAGUUCAUUGCUGCUUUGAAGAAUGAGAACGCAACGCUGCGGAAGAAGAACCAGUCGCUGAUGGAGAAGAACCGCUGGUUGGAAGAACAGUGUCGACAGUCCAGCGCCUUGAAGCGACUCGGCAGCGUUGCGGCUCCAGCUUCACGAGGGCCAGUGCAAAAGCGCCCUCCUAUUGCUCGGAACCCACCUAGUAGCAGUGCUGGCUUUGCAGGGAAUACGCUGGAGAAACAGGCUGAAAAUGCGCGCAAGUUGCACAGAGAAACCUUUUCGGGAGACCUGGAGGUGGCACUGAAGAAGCGAUUGGUGAUAGCCGAGAAGCAGUUGAUGAAGCUACAAGCAGAGAACGAGCAGCUCCGAUCUAACACCAGUCGACUGCAAUUGAAGCCAAGACGCGACAACAAUGAGGACUCUGGGCCGAGCGAUGGCGAAGAUGAUAACAUGGAAGCUAACAAAGAGUCGAAUAACUUAGAGCUGGAGCAGAUGAAGCGCGAGCUACGCGACCGCCAAGCGCAACUAGCGAUUUUGAAUGCCCGCUACGAAAACUUGGAGUCCAAUGCACUGGCAGAGCGUGAAAUUCAGGAGAAAACGCUCGGACAAAUGGAGCAAAUGAACCGUCAGGUGCAUAAGCUCCGGACCCAGUUGCAGGACGCAGUGAUGGAAAAGGAAGAGUUGGAGAUUCGCAUCAUGAAAGCUGGCGAUCAGGAGAAGGACAUUGCACUGCUACGUGAGCAAAACCGCCGUCUGGAGGAGCGAAUGACGUCACUGUGCGAAAGCCCAUUCAUCAAUGACGCCUUCCAGCGUAAGGAGCGUAUUGACAAGCUUUUCGAUUUGGAGAAGCUAACGCAAGAGCAAAAGGCGACAAUAACGCACAUGACUGACGAAAACCAGAAGCUUCAAGGUGUCAUUCGUGAGCUCCAGAGCAGCAUCAAGCAGUUGAAGCAGGCAAAAGAUCGGGUUGAGCAGGAUUUAGCACAAAUGGCGCACCAUUUGAUGGAGGAACGAAAUGCACGAAGCCUUGAAGCCAUGAAAUCGACUGCUAGCAAUGUGCCAAUACCGAGACCAGAGCCUUUGGUUAUUGUUCGCCAGCGUACACCUGAGUCACAGCCCCAACCUCCCGAAAAGCGAGACGCUUGCUCUUCACCUGUGAAUAACAAUGCAUCGCCAGGAAAAAAGCCAGCCCCCUCGCUGACGGUUGGUGGAGGCGUGGUAACUCGCAAAUACGGAGAUCUUCCUUCAGCUGCAAGUUUUCUCGAUGCGGAUGAUGACAUCAGUGUAAAGCAUUUGCGAAAUCGUGUACACGUUCUUCAAAUCGCACAUUUGAAGUCAAUGCAGGAGCUGGAACGCUGUGAGAAAAUGUUACAAGCCCAAACGAAUAUCAACCGCGAGCUUGCCUUGGAGAUCGAAGAACUGACAACGUCAAAGAUUUCAAGCUCGAACCAGCUACAGCGUCGAAUGAAAGAGCUUGAGCUGCUGUGUGAAGAGCGCCAGCAACGAAUUCACGCCCUUCAAGCUGAAAUUAAGCAGUUAAAAUACGCCCGAGAGAAAAUGCUGCUCAAGGCUCGAGAAGCUGAAGAAACAUGCUCCGACGAUUCAGCAAGUGACGACGAAGGGAGUGAAGUGGCGUCUUUAUCCGAGUCGUUGAUCUUAGCCUCAAGGGAUUUGGCUCCUGGUGAGCAGCUUCUCGAGGUGGGGAUUGUAAGCGGAAACUUUGACAACAGUGUGGUCGGGAUAAACUCGUCGACCUUUGUAAUAUGCGACUUCUACGACUUUGAAUCGCAGUCUACACCGCUUCUAAUGGGGAACCGCCCAGAGUAUAAUUUAUCGGCUACAUUCAAGGUGACGGUGGAUGGCUUUUUCUUACGCUAUUUGGCCUCGGAGUCCGUUGUUCUGGAGGUACAUCAAGCUAUUCGAGGGGAUUUUAAGCUGAUAGGCAAGGCCUCUGUCCGUCUUUCCAAGUUGCUGCAAUCGAAGGGGGUUGUGAAAGUACCUUUACUUGCUGUCAAGGCAAUAUGUUGCAACAAUGAUGGUGGAGCUCCCGUUUUGGGAACGUUGAACGUGGUUCUAAGACUGUCUACUCCAGUCUCAGAAAUCUGGCAGGUGCAUCUCCGCUCUUAUCCGCAGGAUAUUUUAUUGCUUUCAUCCGCAAGCAAGCACAGAGAACCAGAUACCCCUACAGAUGUACUAGGUGGACAAGACCUCAACGCAGAUUCCAGCCAUUCCAUGAACGAGCUGCAAAUCACGGUAUUUGCAUGCCGAAAGCUGCGUUCUUACGGUAAACGGUCGAGCGGAUCGGUGUCGCGAGUCCCGUCAUCUUACGUGCAUUAUCAGCUACUCGGUUUUCCGGACGUGUUCACGAACAUUGUUCCGGAAUCAGCAAACCCUGAGUAUGACUUGAGCUACAGUCGACAAGCUUUCACGUUAGAAGUCGACGCAACUCUCCUUCGUUUUUUCUCGAAGUUCCGAUUCUGGAUAACGGUGUUUGACGACCAAGUGGAUCUCGAUGACAAUGCACAAGAAGACGGGGUUGUGGGGAAGUGUGGACUUAUGCUCACAGAUCUCGUCAAUGGUGAGAAUAUCCGAGGUUGGUUCCCCUUGAAAGAUGGAAACGAUCAGCAUGCUGGAGAUAUUUCUGUUUUGAUCCAGUGGAAAGAUCCUUUCCAGGUGCUGCAGCUUAUUUCCUCGCAACGUGCACGGGGAGUUCAUGGGCGUCCAAUCGACAUGCACUCACUUGACUUCGAUCAGCAGCAUGCGUUACUGGCGAUGUUUUCUUCAGAUUUAGAUGGGCGGAUAAAUUAUCGACAAUUUUUACACUACGCGGAUCCGUCGGAAGAAUUGGAAUUGCUAGUAGCAAAGCUCAAAGAGCGUAUUGAGUAUGCAAUUGACGCGGAGUUGGUGACUUCAGCUGACGAUGUCUUCACGGUAGCAACGGAGCCGAGACAACGGAAGCGCAUGGUUAUCUCAAUGGAUGCUUUCGCCCAAGCAGGUGAAAAGCACGGUAUUUUUCUCUCGGAUUUCGAACGAGAGCAUCUGCUAGCUACGUUUGGGGUCGCUGAUAGCUCGCCGGAAAACAGAUCGACGGUCCCACCGGCCACCGGCGAAGACAGCAAAUCGAUCUCGUUGAGGUACUUACUACUGCAUAUCAAUCCUCGAUUGGGUUGUGUCGAGCGGUUGCUGUGCCACAAAAUUCGGCAAACCGUGCAUCGAUACGUGCAAGAGCAGAAGAAGCGAAAACCUGCAGAUGUUGUUCCAGCUCCAAAGAUUUUUGAAAAGUUUGAUGAUGCGAGAUGUGGCCAAAUCAGUCGAUCCGCGUUUAGAAAAUGCAUGGCUGCGCUAGGAUUCGAGUUCAUGAGUGUGGAGUCAGAAUACCGUGAACUUGUUCGAAGUCACACGCAGCCUGGGUCCGGCGUCAUUGCAAGUGAUUCGAUCGCGAAGGAUGCUACACCUCAAUGUCGUGGCAGCAUCGAUCUGGACGAGGACAUACUAGAGGAUGCACCAACGCUAGAUGUCUCGGAACCUACCGCAAGUACAGUGCCACCUACAACUGAGUUUCAGCGGCGCAAACAAGCUUUCACGGAUCGGAUGAAGGCGAUUGCUUCCGCUAGUAGCAAAAACCUGGUGUACGAGCAGGUGGAGAAAAAGUUGCAGGAUCGGAGAGUGCAAGCAAAGGAGAAGGCUGUGAAGGUGUCUCGACAGGAGAUACUUGCGCAACAAGUGCGUCAACUUCAUGUUCCUCAAAGUAUUCACCAUGAUGCGGCACGGACUUUACAGAAACAUUAUCGCCAGUACAAAGAGCAGCAGCAUCAAAUUUGGGAAAUUAGCCAUGCCAAGACAACGAUUUUAGACGCGGAUAGCCAACUUCAAGCAAUUCUGGCUAAGUGGAGCUUUGCCGACUUAAACGGUCUCGAAGAUGCAAUCCUGUCAGAAAUCGAGCGCGAUGCCCCAGAAGCAAAACGUAGCAGACUGCUGUCGAAGAAGCAGCUUGGCUAUUUCCUUUCUAAAGCUCCUCGAAUUGCUUUACCGCCUGCGUUGCUGUGGAACCUUAUGGAGUACUUCUCCGUUAAGGAAGCUGGGAUGGUGGCGUAUCGAGCCCUUCUCAACUUUGUGUUCUCUACAUCCACCGAAGAAAGUGAACGCGGACAGAAACAACGGUUGUCGGUGCUAAAACGACUACUCUUUGACAUUGGGUAUGCAUCCCACACAUUUGUUUCAGCUGGAGAUAUGAAAGGGACGGGUAUUAUUUCCUUCAAGAAGUUUCGCGAGUGCCUGGCAAGACUUGGUGCCCAGCUCUCUGCGAAGGAGCUACAUCUUGUGACUAUCAUGUUGGAUGCAAAUGGUUACGACAUUCUCUACCAUGCACUUUUUCAACUUUUGGCACAGUUGCCUCACUGCCAGCAGUUGACAAAAGCUCUGGAACGGUGCCAUCAGUUCGGUAUCGCUUUGCUACGAGAGAAAAUCUUGACAUUUGUCAGCUCGGACGAUGGAUCUAUGACUCAGGAAGAACUAGUUCGUGUUCUAAUGAUGCUAAGUUCCGAUGGGGCCCACUUUGAGCCUGAGGAUUCGAGCGUGCUCUUCCGCAUGACGGCAGGAAAUGCUGAUAGUACGAAACGAGUUUCCAUUCACGAUCUCUGUCUACGGCUUGAGUGGGCGGAGAAGUACAGCAAAAAAUCUUGGUCCGACGAGUGGAACCAGUAUGAUAUGCAUCAGCUUCAGCGGUUGGCCUGGAAUUGCCGAAAGCUUAUCUGUGGUAGCUACUCCGAUUUGAAAGACGAGUUCGAGAGGUUUGACUGGCAGGCUCGAGGUUUUGUCUCUUUAACGGAGUUUACCUCCAUCGUACGCCGGAUUGGAUUCGUGUUGUUCACUGAAGGUCAACUUAAAGGAAUGGCUAAAAGCUUCAGUGUCAAGACGAACGGAUCCUUUGGAAUCAAUUAUCGGCAGUUCCUGGAUUGGACGACACCACCUCUGCCAGUCGAUAUGGACGCUGUUGAAGAGAAGCUCCGCAAGUUCGCCCACGACCAAGCUACUAAGCUGCCUAGUAGACAGCUCUCGGAAGUAUUCGCGCUGUGGAACAAAAUCUUUUCUGCCGAGGCCGAGUCGUCAGCGGAUAGAGCAGUGACUCGCUCAAACUUCGUAAACAUCUUGCAAACCCGCCUGGGCGUACCGCUGGACGAACACGAGAUGCGUACGCUGUUGUACACUUAUGACCCGAAGUUAGAAGACCAAAUCGACCCGGAUACCUUCCUUCGAAUGAAUUGGCGGGAGGAAGCGCUUGCACGUCGUGAGCGCAAAGCUGCCACCAAACCGACUGCGUCAUCAGCACCUGCGAUCCAGCCAAGGUUGGGAAGAAGUCCAACCGCCGUCCUGUCAGAUUUUCUGGAUUGGUGUGAGGACCGUGGCGUGGAUUUCCGGGGGGAGCUGGAAGCUAAGGACACCACGUAUACGGGUUUCGUGACAGCGAUGGAGCUAAAAGACACUCUGCUUCGUCUAGGAUUCGCGAAUAUUGCCUCGCCUUCAUCUGCCGAGGUCAUGGUUGGUCAGCUUGUCCGUCAAUUCCGGAGCCCGGAACGAACAGAUGCAGUGCACUACACGACGAUGUUGUACGAAGCAACAAAGCCCUUCUCGACUGGUAAUGACUCACAAUGGUAUGAGCAGAUAACGGAGCACUUGCGGUCACGCAUUCGUGCGAAGGCUAGUCUCGCAGGUAAGAUCGAUCAUGCAGAUACAACAAUUUAUGCCAAGUUGGACUCCGCAUUCAGCCACUUUGACCGAGAGAAGAAGGGCUUUUUGACAGCAGCAAACCUCCACACUGGAUUACGGGCUCUAAGCUAUGAUCUAACCGCAGAGCAACUCGACAGCAUGAUGGCGCAGAUCUGCGUCUUUCGGCACAGCGGAGGCGGACUAUCACGAACCGAGUUCGAUUCAUUUGUGCUGGACCCGUACUGCUCUCGUCUGCUACGAAAGCUUUCCGCUCAACUCUACUCUGAAGUGGAGCCCCACAGCCAAGACACGAUGCCCCGAGUUGCAUAUUUGAGCAGGUUGCUGAUGGAGUGUGGAGGAGAUACCCAUCCAAGCAGUCUUCCCAAGGAGACCUUCUGGACCCAGUUGGAGCGAGCACUAGAGCGGCAA